UUAUUAACCUAUUUCCUUAGAAAGACCCCACUCCCGUUGACAUCUCGACACCACCAUAUACACUAUAAACGGAGUAGGUAAAGGAUGCAAGUACACAUACAUUCAACCCAAACCAAAGCAAACAUGGCCUUAGAUGAAAAUCUCUUCCACUAUAUCCUCAUCUCUUUCUUCUUCAUCGGACCACCCAUCUUCAUCUCUCUCCGGUUCCUCCAGGCUCCCUACGGCAAGCACCACCGUCAAGGGUGGGGCCCUGUCAUACCCCCACCCUUAGCCUGGUUUCUGAUGGAGAGUCCCACCCUCUGGCUCACCCUCCUCCUCUUCCCUUCUGGCCAACACCGCUCCAACCCAAAAGCCGUAAUCCUGAUCUCCCCUUUCCUCCUCCACUACUUCCACCGUACCGUCAUCUACCCCCUCCGCAUGCAUCUCAAAACCUCCUACCGGAAAACUACCAGCGGUUUUCCGGUCAGUAUUGCCCUGAUGGCCUUCACAUUCAACCUUAUGAACUCCUACUUGCAAGCCAGAUGGGUCUCUCAGUAUGCUGAUUAUGAGACCGAUAGGUGGUUUUGGUGGCGGUUUUCCGGCGGGUUGGCGGUUUUUGUAAGCGGUAUGGUUCUGAAUGUGCAGUCAGAUAGGGCUUUGGUGGCUUUAAAGGGUGAGGGUGGAGGGUAUAAGAUCCCAAGGGGAGGAUGGUUUGAGUUAGUGAGCUGUCCAAACUAUUUUGGGGAGGUAGUGGAGUGGUUGGGGUGGGCUUUGAUGACGUGGUCUUGGACGGGGUUUGGGUUCUUUCUUCACACGUGUGCCAACUUGGUGCCUAGGGCACGUGCGAAUCACACAUGGUAUUUGGAGAAAUUUGGGGAAGACUAUCCCAAGAGUAGAAAAGCUGUAAUUCCAUUUGUGUAUUGAAAGAAUAAUAUUUUUAUAAAAAUUUGGCCCAUUUUUUAAUCACGCAUGCUAUUUAUUUUUUAAUCAAUAUAUAUAUCUGUCUUUUUCUAAGCAAUUUGAAUAACUUGUUAUAGCUUUUAAA